UUUGAUGUUCAUGUUCACUGGGUCAAUGGCCUUUUUUGUUCCUCUUGUCAAUUCCUGAAUCUCAUCAUAUAAAGAUAUUGCCGAAUUCAAUUCCAACACUGCACUCUAACCUUUUCCAUAUUAAAGCCUCGUUUUCCUAGAACUUUUUCAAUUCUAAAGUAUUUGUAAGAUCUUUCUUUUUCUUUUUAGAUUGAUUUUCAUUUAUUUCCGGCAAUGUUGCUUCCCUUGAAAGAAUCUUUAGAAGCCACCUUGGGUAAGGUUACCAAAGGGGAAACUUUGUUUGUCGCAUACCUUGCCUCAAUUGAUCCUCGUACUAAACAACCCUGGUGUCCUACUGUACGUGCUGCUUUACCCGCGUUCAACAAUAUCUUUAAUAGUUCGAAAACAUUAAACCUGGUCCAUGUUUAUGUCGGUAAUAUGCCUCAAUGGAAGACUCCGGAUAAUUUAUAUCGCAAGAAAUUUGGUAUAAGUGCUGUUCCCACUUUAGGAAGAUAUUAUCGUGACGCUGAAGGAAACCUUCAAAACUCUUUGCUUGUCGAUUAUGACUGUUUGGACGCCCAGAAAUUAUCCAAAUUUAUCGAAUAGGGUCAUUUAUUCCAAGAUUAAGUCUGUGAAUGCUUUUUACGCACUAUUUCAAGUUUGAAUACCGGUUGCAAUCUCGCAGCAUAGAUAGGCUUUCUUGUUUUCAAUUAUUCAAUUUCUCAUUUUAAUGUAGAAGCAUUCAUUUGAAUAAGU